AUGCGAUUCAACAUAGUUCUCGUGUUACUUUUUGCACUUACUGUGCACUCACUGGAUUACUACAAAGUGUUAGGUGUUGCAAGAAACGCCAACGACAAAGAAAUUAAAAAGGCGUACCGAACCCUUUCCCUCAAGUACCAUCCCGACAAGCCGACUGGUGACAAGGUCAAGUUUGAGGAGAUCAACCGAGCGUAUGAAGUCCUUUCCGACAAACGACAACGUGAAAUCUAUGAUGCCGGUGGAGAAGAAGCGUUAAAGAAUGGGGGUCAAAGCCACACGAAUGCGGAAGAUGUCUUCAAAACGUUCUUCACGAACUUUGGGAAUGGAGGCGAAGAUUCAUUCUUUAAUUUUGGUGAUGGGUUUAACUUUGGUGGGGACAGUAACCAAGGGUUUAACUUCAAUUUUGGGAAUCAAGGAGGGAAUCGACGACGUGAGCCCAAACCGAAGAAGACCCCCAACAUUGAAGUCGACAAGGAAAUCACAUUAGAAGAGAUUUAUAAUGGGGGAAAGACUACUGUCGAAUUUAAGAGAGAGAAAUUGUGUGGGAGUUGUCAUGGCAGUGGUGGAGAGAUGGAGACGUGUCCUGUUUGUCAAGGGAGUGGGUCCAAAAUUGAGUUUAAAGGGGGGAUGCGGUAUCGCACGACGUGUUCGAAGUGUGGAGGAAAAGGGUCUAUAGUUCGCGAUAAGUGUUCGACGUGUCAUGGGAAAGGGACACAAACCAAAACGAUGAGUGUCCCUGUUGAGAUCCCACGUGGAGUGAAUGAAGGGGAUACUGUAGUUAUUCCCAAUUUCGCGAAUGAUGCGUAUGAGAUGAAACCGGGGGAUGUCAUUGUGAAAUUUGUAUCAAAGCAUCACCCGAUAUUUACUCGAAAAGGGUCCGAUUUAUUUGCAUCGAUCAAUGUUUCUUUGUUAGAGUCGUUAGUAGGGUUUCAAAAAACUUUGAAACAUUUGGAUGGGUCGACUGUGACAGUUAGUCAACGGAAAAUUACACCGCAUGGGACAGUCAUUCGUUUCGAUAAUAUGGGACUUCCACUCACAAAUCGUUCAUCCAAAUUCGGAACGUUGUUUGUGACAAUUAAUGUGAUGUAUCCAGCCUCGUUGAGUGAUAAUCAAAUCAAGGAGUUGUCCAAAAUUUUGGAUUAA